AUGUCGCGCGCGGACUCACUUCCCUCAGCCAGUAAUCUUGCUGAGUACAGUGAUGCAGAGCUUGAUGAGAUAAUUAUUGUCAAGGACCCGGAAAAGCUGAAUGAACAAGACAAUUUCAACCUCAUUCAGAGGCUAAAGGCUCGAGCUGCCGCGAGCAAGCCAGUCACAGCCCCAAUCGAUGUGGAUGAUCUUUUUUCGCGCCUCGAAGAAAUCACUGAUAAAAGGGAGUUUCCGCCUUGCGAGUCCUCAUGUCCGUCGACGGUAGAUGCCACUGAUGAAGAACUGCAUCAGGCUGAGGUAGAAAGACAAGUGCGACUCUAUCAUGAGCUGGUGGCCAAAGGCGGCCGGCCUACACACCCGAUUAGUCUCAGCUACGAUGUUGCGAGAAGCUUACCCGAAUAUCGCGAUAUCUUGUCGUUCUGGGAGAUCACUCCUGAUAACCCAAAUAACUGGGCGUGUUGGUGGCCGCAAUUGUAUGCUUGGGAUAUGUUUCUUCUAAACCGACGCUUUAGCAGGGCAGCAGGCUUUCCGGAAUAUUGUCAACAAACUCACGAUUGUCUGAGAAGACAUGGAAUUGAACGAGAUUUUACGCUGGACGAGGAGUCUGAUCGACAGGAGAAGUUGGCAACGUGGAUUGAAUAUUUGGGCUACCAUUACAACUUGUAUGACUUGAACGCGAGAUAUGUCCGUCGUCGACAGUCGAGUUACGAUAAAGAGGUUGAGAAAGUUAUGGAUGCAAAUGUCUUGAAAUCGUCUGAGAACAGGGAUUCCUUCGACAGAUUUUUCCUGGUCGAGCUGGAAGGCGAUCAGGCCAGUGCUGAGAAGGCUGUGGCGUCGGCGAAGUGGUUCGUGAAAUCAGUAGAAAAAGAAUUGGAAAAGGCGCAAAUAUUUCGUCUGCCUCUGGAAAAUAUUCAUUUGCUAGAGAGAAAGCUUUCCCAAGCCGAAGCUUCCUUGGACAAGGAGAGAGAUCUACAUGAAAGGUGCAGUAGACGAUACAGCAUUAUCAAUAGCUUCAUGAGCCGGGUGGCCCUUUUCGAAAAGGCGAGGGAGAAGAUGAAUGAGGAAAACCGCCUUCUGCCAUGGAUACUAAGUCAGAUUCCGUUGAUUGAAUUCGAGUCAACUAGGCACAGGUCGCCAGAUGCGAUUGUCGUUGAAGGCGGGCAACACGAACAGCAGCCUCAGCCAGUCGGUAUGCAAGACUUGAGAGAUGAAUCUGAUCCCGAACGACUAACACGAUGUUCUAUUCCUCAUUCCAGAGCUUUGUUCGAAAAAUCGACUGUGGAGGAAACUAGUCAUCAGCAACAAAUCCGAAAGCUUAAACGUCAGCGGAUUGAAGAUACAAGCGAAGAGCCUCCUCUGAAGCGACAGACCCGCAGUUGUCGCACUGACAACAAAACAGCAUCCCCUCCUCCUUCGCAAACUCGCAUUAAGCAAGACGAUUAUUCGCAAAAAUCUGCUUCUCCGAGACUCAAAAGUUUACCAGAUACACAGCACAAUUUCCCCUUCAAAAGCGGACAACCCAAAUCUUGUUCGGGGAGAGUAAAUCCAUCAGAUCUGGGUACCACAGUGUCAUGGAAACACAUGAUUGGGGAGCUGAGGCGAAGUCAGUAUUUGGUCUUCUGCACCCGUACGCCCUUAGGAUACAGCGAGAUAGCGACCAUGCGACCCAAGGCAUCCUUCGGUUGUCGCACAGAAGCUGUGCUACCCCAUGAACGGCUCUGGACGACAAUCGUACCAGUUCGUUCUGAUGAGUUGCCAGGUCUAUGUGAUGUUGAAAUCCUCAAUGAGGCAUAUAUUGGCAGAACGUAG